AUGUCCAUUAUGACAGACCUUCUUAAAUUUAAUUUGAGAUGUACAGUUUUUCCUUUCCAUAAUCUGAGUCUAUACAUAACAAGUUCAAUUAGAUAUGCUGAUCUCCAUAUUUUUAAACUUGUUCCGACUACAAACCAGUGAUUAAAAGUUUUGGCUUUUAUUAACCACUGGUAAUCAAUGAUUUAGAUACCAACUUUGUACUAGGACUUCUGUUUUCACAUACUGAUAUGGCUUUGCAUAUGAAAAUACAAACCAGUUGGAGUGGCUGUGGGUAAGGUGUUGGAAAAGUGGUAUAAGUAGGUUAAAGGUAGGAAAAUAUUGAAUCCAAAACAUGCUAGAUGACAAUUUUUCCUUUAGUAUGCAAAUCCAUUGUUUUAAUCACAUUUUUGGCCUCUGCAGAAUUCAAGUAUACUUGAAGUUUGAAUAUCAUAUGAUAUAAGGUUUUCUGUCUUGUUUUUAUUAUAGAACAGUAAGCAGAGGAUAGUUAGAAGAUAAAUUUUAAAGCAGUAAGUGGUCAUGGAUAAAUCAGAGCAGAGUCAGCAGCAACAACAACAGCAUGUCAUGGGAGUGGCACCUCCAGCUGCCUUCUCUAGUUCUGCUCACCAACUUGCAUACCAGCAAGCGCAGCAUUUCCACCAUCAGCAGCAGCAACACCAACAACAGCAGCUUCAAGUGUUCUGGUCAAAUCAAAUGCAAGAAAUUGAGCAAACAAUAGACUUUAAAAACCAUAGUCUUCCACUUGCUCGGAUAAAGAAAAUAAUGAAAGCUGAUGAAGAUGUCCGGAUGAUUUCAGCAGAAGCUCCAGUCAUAUUUGCAAAAGCUUGUGAAAUGUUCAUAUUAGAGUUGACAUUGCGAUCCUGGAUCCACACAGAAGAGAACAAGAGGAGAACACUACAAAAGAAUGAUAUAGCAGCUGCUAUUUCAAGAAAUGAUGUUUUUGAUUUCUUGGUUGAUAUUAUUCCAAGAGAUGAGUUGAAAGAGGAAGGACUUGGAAUAACUAAAGCGACUAUUCCAAUAGUGGGUUCUCCAGCUGAUAUGCCAUAUUAUUAUGUCCCUCCACAGCAUCCUGUUGGACCUCCUGGAAUGAUCAUGGGGAAACCAAUUGAUCAAGCAGCGCUGUAUUCUACACAGCAGCCUCGACCUCCCAUGGCUUUCAUGCCAUGGCCCCCUACCCAACCCCAGCAGGAGCAGCCAUCCCAACAACAACAAACAGACUCUUGAUGACUAUGUGCCAUUCAAUUAGGUCGGGAAGUAGAGUGCAUCUUUUGAUUAUUACAAGUUAACUCAAUGCCUUUCAGACAGCUAUAGUUUAGUGUUAUGCAUUGAAAAAUGCCAAAGAUUGCCCAAGGUUUCUUGCACUCAUUUGUGAUGUAUGAGCUUUUAUACUGAAUUACUCGUGGUUGUGUUUACUUUUCAGGUACUGGUGUGGUAAUUAAAUUAGGUUGCAGUUGUCCAUAACUAGUGAGCGUAGCUGCUUAGGAAGUUUGAAAUGAUGGAAUAGUUUGUAUUGUUAUUGUGGAAGGCAGAUUCAGUUCUGUAUUCCAUCCAUUCCAAUGGCCGAUUUUAAAUUUUAAUGUUCAUCUGCCAGUGCCUACUAGUUGAUGUUUAUUCCUUGUCUCUCUAGUUUUGUGAUGUGAGGGUG